UGUUUUCAACUUGCAUGAAAAACAGACAGAUGUCACAGAAGCCGUAGAGCCUCAGAUUAUCAAGAAUUCACCCGUUUGUUUUCUCUUUUUCUUCCCUCACUGUGUAUCAUUUGCCAUAAGUAGCAGAGCUUUCGGUUUAAAGGGAAAGCACCAGAGUUAGUGGCUGAUCAGAGGAGCUGUGCGCAGCUGCUGUGUACCUGCAGUGGAUGGCAAAGGUGAGCAGGGAUACACAUGAUCUAACUGAACCUGGACUGACUGGGCUUCGAAAAUGUAUUUGCAUUCCGUGUUUGUGGAUCGGACCGGUUAUCUAAAACCCACCACAGGCACAGAGGGGAACGGACUGAUGUUGUGAUCACUGCCCACUGAAGUUUGACUGAAAUGGGAUCAGUGCACUGGUAGAUGGACUGACUACACACACACACACACACACACACACACACACACACACACACACACACACACACACACACACACACACACACACACACACACACACACACACACACAUUAGGUAGUCGUGUACCCACGCUCACACCUGACAGUUCAACAGCCUCUCUCCCAGUUGAUGCCGAGGAUCAUGACCAUGAACGGUGACCACCAGUCGGUCGCCACUGCGCCGCUGGAUUUGCGCACAUCCAACCGAGAGCGUGGGAGCGCCGGGUCGAGGACUCCAGGUCCCACUAGGGACACCUGCGCCAACAGCGGCUCCCCUGCACCACCUGCGUGCACGGAAACGGACAGUUUGGAAAGACAUUCACCCACGGUCAGGACCGCGCAGGGCUCGGAUAGCGGUGCCGCGCGUAGACGUCCCGCGGACAAAUGCGUCCACAGUUCUCUUCCUUUUAGGAAACGCAAGAUCACCGUGGAACCGGAGCCCCAGACCCGGUCACCACCUCCGCCACAGAACCCAGACCGCUUCUCCAGCGGAGACACGGACUUGACCUCCCGGCACAGGCUGGUCAGUCACCCGCGACGGUCCCCGAGCCAAAGUGGGUUCGGUGUGGCACUGGUGACCCCCAGGCAGGGGGAGGAGGUCCGGCACCAGAGUCCAGGUGGAUACGGACACACCAUACGGUUCCUGCCCUCGGUUUACGGUCACUAUCCGGUGUUCUUGCCCUCAGUCCCAGUCUCAGUCCCAGUCCCAGUUCCAGUCCCAGUCCCAGAGCCAACCCACCCUGUGGUACACCAAACUGACAACCUUAUGAGCAGUAUUGCUCUGGCUACACAUCAAGAUGAAGAUGGAGACACAGCUCUACAUAUAGCUGUGGUGCAGGGGGAGUUGGCAGUCGUCCGCAAACUGAUUGACCUCCUGCUGUGGGCCCAAAGAGGGCUUGAUAUCUACAACAACCUUCGCCAGACACCUCUUCAUCUGGCUGUGAUAACCCAGCAGGUGAAUAUGGUGGAGGAUUUGCUGAGAGCGGGAGCCGAUCCGGCGGCUUUGGACCGUAAUGGCCAGACCGCUCUCCACCUUUGCUGUGAAUACAACCAGCAGGACUGUUUGUCCUUGGUCCUGUCUCAAUCAUCAGCCUCCACCUGCUUGGAGACAAGAAACUAUGAGGGUUUGAGCCCUCUCCAUCUGGCUGUACUGCGUGGCCAUAAGGAUUUGGCAAGAAUGCUGUUAAAUGCAGGAGCUGACAUCAAUGCUAUGGACAUCAAAAGUGGCCAGAGUCCUCUCAUGCACGCGGUGGAGAGCAAUAACGUAGACAUGGUCCACUUCCUCAUUGAGACUGGAUGUGACGUCAAUUGCCAGUCAUACAGUGGGAAUACAGCCCUGCACAGUGCCUGUGGACGGGGACAGGUGGACACUGUGCGUCUGCUGCUUAAAAGUGGAGCUGACAGCAGCCUUAAGAACUAUCACAACGACACCCCUGUGAUGGUCGCCAAAAACAAGAAAAUAGCAGAUGUGUUACGUGGAAGAAGUUCCAAACAGAUAAGGGCUCAAGAUCAGCACAGUGUGUCGGUGUCGCCCCAUGGAAGCAGCUUAACAGAAAACAGUUCCCCUUCUCCUUGCCACAGUCGAGGAUGUUCACCUUCAUCCCUUCCACACACUCCUCACCACAGCAGCACCUCCCAGUCACCAAAGACUCCAUCUAUGCUUGUAUUUCCAUAUUACUAGUUGCAAUCCAGUUCAAUUUGCAACUACCUUUGCACAGCCAACCAACAAUGAGACAAAUAGAUCUUUGAGGAAACCAGGAAAAGCUGUACCUAAAGGAACGAUGGACUGCAGCAAUAUUGGUGUCCACUUUUAGGUUUUAAUGCCUUGACAGAUUCCCUGCAGCCUUUUUGCUUUAUGGGCCCUCUUGUAAAGACCUUAGAAUCAUUACACCUACCUACACCUUUAGGGGGACUUACCAGCUGCUGUCUCAAUCCGCCGGCUUUCCUUAUCUGCAUCUAGCAGUAACAGAAAUGAGCCACUGCACGCAGGCUGAACAUCAUGGACUGGAAACUGUGAAACUGCCUGGGGAUGUCUGUGAACUGUGAACAGUGUGAACCAUAGGGUAUGAACACAGACUACCUUGACAGUGGAGAAAGACUGAGGCAACACAGAGGAUGAAGGUUUUACAGGUUUUGAUGCCAGAUUUAAAAUGGGGAUGUUGCAAUCACAUGUUCAGUGCCUUAACCACUAGGCCUUCAUGACACCUCAAGUCUUAAGAAAAGUGAAUAUUGUCAGUGUAAGACCUGACAUGCUAUUUAGUGCACGGUCAAAUCCAAUAUUUCCUGCCAUUUUAAUACUGGGUAUGCAAUGUACAUUUCAUAUUUGCUUUUGUGUGCAUAUGUACCUAUAUGAUAAUGUAUUGCUGUAUCAUUUUCAAAGGUGUCACAUAUUUUUUAAUAUAAAAUCUAUAC